AUGAAGCUUCUUGCCUUCCUCCUUUCCAGCGCAGCUGUCUCUUUGGCCGCACCAGCCCUUGAACCCCGCCAAUUUGAAGACAUCAUCUUCCCCGCGGGAACCUACCGACGUUGGGUCCAGAGUGGAAAGAUCGUUCAAGACCCCCAGGAUCAGCUUUUGAUCGUCAAGAACGGCAAAGCUGCCGACGAGACAACCACCAUCGUCACAUUCGACUUCGACCAAAGCACAGAAGGCAAGACCUGCGAACUCAUCUUUGAGCUCUGGGAUCGAGAUGUCUCUACUGGAACGCAGACCCUCGACGUUUUCACGUGGUCGGAUCCCCCACAAGGACUUAAGACCUUUUCGGUUGCCGACAUUGCUCGAUGGGCAGAAGCCAAGAGCAGAGACAACCAUGUCGGUCGAAUCCUAGUCCCGAAGCCGGGAGACGCUACAUGGAUCCAGGCCUAUCAGGGGUGGCCAAGAAUCCCUUGUCCAGCUGGGCAGCUCAUCGGUGUUGAAUAUGUCGGUGUCGGUGACCGUGUGGAGGUUCGUUGGGAUAUUGGUGUGACGGGACCAAGGUUCCGUGUUUUAGAGUAG